GUCUACUGCCUCUCUCCCUUCUCUUCUCCCCUAAUUCUCAUUUUCUUCUUCAAAUUAAAUCCCCAAAUGAAAUAGGCGAAACCCUAGCUCCAUUGCCACUGUACCGGAAUCCCGCUUCUCCUCCCUCUCUCGAACUCUCGCCUCUCUCUGUCUUCUCACUACAUCCCCAAUUUGGACCAAUCAAAAUACGAAGCCAAUCCUCCAACUGAGAUGGGGGUCUAGACCGGAGGAAGGAAACAGCGUCGCCAUCAUCUCCUCUCCGGCGCUCGCACAGCAUCUGCCGGAAUCAGCAGUGCUCACCGUCGCUUCGCGGGGCUUCAGCCGUCGCCGUCGAUUCGCGCUGCUGGUUCGAGACGGCACGGCAUCGCCGCCACCGCCACCGUUCGCCACCGCUUCCAGCAAUUCAGCGCCGUCGCGAUCGUCUCCGAGGUAGCUUCUCGGCCCUACAGCUAAGUUUCUAGACUCUCAUUAUCUAGCUCGCAUCUAUCCCGUUGAUUGGGUGUUGCUCUUGCUUGGUAGCUUAUCUUAAUUUAAGAUACAUAGUACUGUUGUUGCCUACGAUUUAUCAUGUUGCCUGCUGUGGAUUUUUUUUAAAAAAUUUACUUGAUUGGAGACUUGUAUAAACAUGAGGAUUCUUUUGUUGUGGGUACUACGUAAGUUGCUGAUCUUGAUGUAACGGCAGUAGCUUAUUGCUUCUAGUUCUAGUGCUUCUUCAUGAUGACAUGAGAAAGGAUUAGGUGGAAGGAUGGAGUGUUAACUGCUGAGAGGCUGUGAAGAAGUGAGGAUUGCUUCUCUCUUGCUGCUGUUAGUUCUCUUUUAAAAAAAAACCUUUGCAUUUCUGAUAUGUGUGGAAGGUAGGAUUUUAUUGGGGAAAUGGUGUGUACAUCGUGAGGCUUGCCGCUUGAUGUGCUGCUGCGUUCUUGUCCUACCUUGCAGUCCCUUUAACUGCAUUUGUCUCCAUGUGGUGCUAGUACUUUAAUUAAUAAUGGCUUGUUUGUUGUGGCAGAAAAGGAGCCCUUAUUUGGUUGUGUAACUGAAAGCUGCAGGGCUGUUGCGUUGUGCCAUGAAAAGAGAUCUCUAGUUUGCUUAUACAUUGGCUGAUCUCCUGCAAUAAUGCAGUGUGUGUGUACUCAUGAUAUUAAUGCAGUUACCCCCCCUCAUGAUAUCUUACUGCAGAGGCCUUAUUCUACUGUCCUUUGCAGCACUUUCACUGAGUCGCUGGUGCGGUUUUGCAGGUGUCCAAGCUCUGCAAGAUGGUUAACUGAAACUCUGCAGUUGAAACUCUGUAGAGCAGCUGUAGUUGUGCCGGAAAAUUCAGGAUCGCAGAGGAUCUGAGAACGUCCCUCGAGAAUCAGUAUGAAGAACUGGAACUUAGAGAACUUGUAGAGCUAACGGAUAUAUGAUGCUUCACUUGAGGAUCUUGGGCUGAAGUUGCUCGAUGAAAGGCCUCAGUGACUGAUUGCGGCUACAUUCGAUCUCAUAUUCCUGUGAAGAAUCAAACAUGACAUGGAUAGCCUUAAUCUUAGCAGUGCUAGUGCUCUGGUUUGCUUCUCUCUGCAAAGUUUUUCUGGAAUCUAUGUCCGCUUCAAAAUCAGCAUUCUUAAAUGAUGUGGCAGGUGCUAGCUCUAAAAGGAGAAAUGUCUUGGUGGUUAUUGCUCAUCCUGAUGAUGAGUCUAUGUUCUUUGCUCCUGUGAUUAAUUACCUGACUUCCAUGCAUCAUAAUGUGCGCAUACUUUGCAUGUCAACUGGCAAUGCAGAUGGCAUGGGAAGUGUUAGAAAAGAAGAGUUACAGCUGGCCUCUGUGGUUCUCAAGAUUCCAGCACAGCAAGUGACCGUACUAGAUCAUCCAGAUUUGCAGGAUGGUUUUGGCAAUGUGUGGAACUGGGAUUUGUUGGCAAGCAUCAUUGAUGACGAAAUUCGUACCCAUUCUAUUGACUUGAUCAUUACAUUUGACAAUUACGGUAUCUCGGGUCAUUGCAACCACUGUGACGUUCAUCAAGGAGUAAGAAAGCUCAUGCAUGAUGCCUUGGGGGGAAGACAUCUCGAGGCCUGGGAGAUUAUAAGCCCUAACAUAGUGCGCAAGUACAUCGGACCACUGGAUAUUUGGUUAUCCAUCAUGUUUAGCCGACUUGAUAAAGAUGGACAAUCACAUUGCUUGCUUAACUUAGAUCUCCGUAAAAGUUAUGCAGCUAUGGCUCAACACUCCAGCCAAUGGGUUUGGUUCCGAAAACUUUUUGUAACAUUUUCGAGUUGUACCUAUGUUAGCACCCUUAAGCAGAUCGCGUAAGUCUGCAGCCGAAGGUACAUUGGUCUAGACGGAGGUCACGGAGCUAUGGUUUAUGGUCUUGCAUCACCCAUGGUGAUUGGCGAGUGGAAUGAACUGAUACAUGAUAGUACUAUAACUAGCAUUGUUUUCAUUUCUAUUCCACAACAUUAGUUUUGAAUAACGAGGUUAUUGUGUGUGUGGAUUUUGGAAGAAAUGGCUAUGGACGACUGGUGGCUUGGUGCCAACAUAUAUUUAUCUUUUUGGAUGACUUAAUUUUUAAAAAACAUUACUGCGGAA